ACUGUUCUCAAGAUCCUGGCGCAUUGAUGGAGCAAAGCCCGCUCGUUUGUAUUAUUGCAUCUCCUUGUUUUCCCUUUCAUUUGACCCUGUAGUUGGGCCAUGGCUCAAACAGGUCUGGGUGUGCAGCGAUGGUGUACUUUGCCCUUUCUUUGAGCGGUGCGAUGUAUGCGACAGGACAUAAAAACCCAAGGAGUAUACAGUAUCGGUAGUCAAUUUUGUGAAUGAAAAAAGUUGCAGAGAUCAUUGAUUGUUUGCACUAGCAUUCCUAAGCAUUCGUAUCCCAUGUGAAAUACGUGAACUUGGUUGAGAAAUGCGCACAUCCAUGGAUGAACGCUCUUGACGUGCAUUGUCCUAGUGUUACUAAGCGCUGACUUCGCACAUGACAACCACACGCAACGCGUCAUACCAUCCCACCAGCGCGCACCUCCAUGCGACUCGAACCUCAGAAUCGCAAAAUGGCGACGCAAAACCGCGCCUCCACCACAAACGGCACGCACGCCCCAUCCUCCUCAGACGCGCCCAAAUCCUACUACGAGCAGCAGCGCGAGCUCCUCGUUACCGAAAUCGCACAGAGUCUCGAGCACGUGCUGCAGAACAUCAACCGCCUCAACCGCUCGCUUGAGGAAGUCAUCCAGGUCGGGAACGAGUUUGCGCCGGUGGAGAGCCUGUGGAGCUAUUUUGAGAGCGUGAUGGGGAAGGAUGCGGAGGGGGAGCAGGAGGGCGAGGGGGAGGGGAGGAGAGAUACUGAGGGGGAGGCGGGGGAGGAUGAGGAGCGCGAUACGGAGGUGCAGGAGGGGAGGUGAGCGUGCGCGACGUCGUGGAUAGAAUAGCGGGGCACGAGAUGGAAGUUGUGGAAUGUAAUAUAGUGUUUUAGGCGUUCGAGGGGAAUGGGAUGGAUACGGUAGGAAGGCGGUUCAUAUCCGUUUUAUGAUACCCAGGCGCAUGUCAGACGCAAACGAAGACACGGCACACACCGAUUCAGGCGCAAUUAGGAAAGGAAGCAUCACUUCGGUCAUCGGCAGGAAAAGA